AUGUUGUGCGGUCUAGCAAGUCUCGUGCCCACCCUCAGGUAUGCGACACACCCACCCAAUGACAGAGAGCCGGAACAGCAAGCUGCCCGCACCGGGUGGACACGAGACCAAGAGCCAGGCCUCCCUACACCAUCCGGAAAACCAUCUCCACUCUACAAUAUUCCUUCUAACAAGGUUCAUCCAGUCUAA